CCAGAGAAGACACUUAAUGUAAACAAUGAUUUUCGGAUGGGGGCCGCCAUCUUUUCAUUUAUUCUAAAAUGAUAUCCAUACAGUAUACACAGUCAUGCUCACUUGGUAUAAAUAAUUUUUUCGCCAAAACACGAUGUCGUUUAAAGUACUUCACUGUGCAAUUCUUCUGGGCAUUUUGUGUGGUGCGUUAGGUUCCAAGCUGAACGUGCCCAGAGUUUUGUUACCGGUUUUAGAUCGGUUUACAGUGAAUUUCAUCGUAGAAGUAACCGACGGCGGUUGUUACAAAUGGUCUUUGUUCAAAGGGGACAACAUCGUCAAGCUCUUGCCGCUUGAUUUAAAUCCGAAUUUGGGAUGUUCUUCGAGGGUUUCGGUGUCACCAUUGUCCAAUGAUAAAGUCCGUAAAACAGCGAUUAUUUUCGCAGAGGACAUCAGUUCUGGUGACGUGAUUCACUGCCACGUUAUCGUCGACACAAUCGCGUCUCUCCAAAUCGUCACCAAAACCCGAGAGCUAUUCGUUGGUGAUGCGCCUGAACUAUUCGAAGUAUCUGCGUUCGAUGAUCAAGGCAAUCGUUUUACAACGUUGGACGGCGUGGAAUUCCAAUGGUCAAUAAACGUUCUCAGAGACCCGACUAAUACGGUUUUACAAUUUAUUUCAUUUAAAAAUUCGCCAUACAGCACUCCUCCAGAUCUGUACGAAUUGGACGAAAAAAACAAACAGGGGCAUAUGGUCCUCGUUGAAGGAGUUAAAACUGGAUCGGCGAUAGUAUCUGUGAAAUUGGCAUCGGCUGACAAACCAAUAUCUCAAGUAGAAUUGUCUGUUAUCGCCAAUUUAAGAUUAAAUCCAGCACACGUUAACAUAUUACCUGGAGAUUUGUUACAAAUAGAUAUUUAUCAGAUUCAAAACGAAAAAAUGGUACAGAUAAAAUUACCUUCAAAACAAUUUUCAGUUGAAUUUGACACGAUGACUGAUUCAUUGGACGUCUUGAUAGCAGAAAACGAUUCUGGCCUGUUUAGAGGUUUAAAACCGGGUCAGGUCAGGCUGAAUUUGAACGAUAAUCACAUUGAAGCAAAAAACGACACUUUGCCCAAAGCGAUUAGUAGUUUUGUUAAUGUAUGCAAAGCGAAGUAUCUGUCAAUCGUAAUCAAACCUCACAACCGGCAGACACUAAUCAUUGACAAUGUGUACGAGUUGGAAGUUUACCUUUUCAAUAGCAACAAUCAGUCUAUUCAAAUUGGGCCUAACGUUGACAUUGCGGUUAAUUUGCCCGAUGAAUAUUUCAAAGUACUACAAACCACGCGUAACGGAUCUUUCGUUGUUGUUCAACCUAUUAAAUUGGGAAUACCAAAAGUUAAAGCAUCGCUGAUAGAACCCUAUGAAGACGCAGCAACAAAUGUCAUAAUUUCUGUUCCCAUUUACUCUCGAGUGAAAGUAAAACCGGCUGAUGUUGUAUUUCCUUGGCAUCUAAAUCUCAACAGCGGAUUACAGUAUGCAUUGGAAGCGACUGGCGGCGAUAAAAAAUAUAGUUGGACUACUAACGACGCUACCAUAAGUACAGUAUCGUCGGUCGGAGUCGUCACAUCUCAAGGUUUAGGCGAAAACAAUGUGUCGGCCACCAUGACAAGAGACGUAACAAAUCGAGGUUUUGCUAAUGUCAAAGUGGUCAUGCCAGAUGAGUUGAAAAUAAUUGCUCAACCUGUCGAACAAGAGGCGGGUAAACUCAUAGUGUUGUACAUGCAGUUAAUCGUCAAAAAUGCGGGUUUUAAUGAAGAAACCAGUGCAACAGUUUGUAACCAUAAUCAGUUUAAAAUUGACAUCGAUGACUUCCAGUUCACGGUAAAACCUUACAAAUCGAAUUUGCUCGUAAGCGAUUCUUGUGCUGCCUUUUCCAUAAGUUCCGAUGUGGUUUCUUCUACCCGGGUGACUGUAUCAUUUGAAACGGCUAUCAACAUUUUAAAGGCAUCAGUUAUUGUCAGUACGUUUAAGAAAUUAGUUCCGUUGCGACCCGAAUCUAAACGAACAGUGUUGGCUCCCGGUUGUUCCACCACACUGCUGUUCUACGGAGGUCCUCAACCGUGGUUGGGCCAUAGCACCGAUUAUAAGGUCGAAUUUAACAUCGAUAAUGAUCUGAUCAAAUUUGGUGAACUUCCAGUGAACCGCGAUGUGGACGGCCAUAAGACAUAUGCUUAUUCAGUCACUUGCAAGAGUUUGGGGUCCUCAAAAGCAAAUCUCACCGUAAGAAGUAUUUCAGAUACACACAAAUCAAAUAUAACUGAAGUGGUUUCCAAAACGUCGGUAGAAAUUAUUUGUGCAUCGCCCAAGUUUAUAAAAGCGUUGGCUACCGACAUCGAAGACAGUUGUCCGCUUACAAAAUCUUCACACAAAAUUGUGUCGCUUAAUUUUGAAAAAUUACGUGUUCGUAUCAACAUAGUAGAUGAAAAUGGCAAUAUUUUUGACAAUGCUACUAUGUUGAAUGCCAGUUGGUCCGUUACAGACGCCAGUCUAGUGAGAGUCGUUGAUAUACUGAAUUUGAACGAGAUCAAAGAGUAUGGAUUUUCGUUUCCCGAUUACCAUUUUGCGAUCUUAGAACCCCUGAAUAAAAUCGGAUCGACUGAUGUAGCCGUGCAGUUGACGGGCUAUAAAAAACCAUUUACUGUACCCAACGACUCGCGUUUCAGUUCGUUUUUAGGGUCAGACACAAAAGUAUCAGCAAUAAGUCCGCCUAUCAAGCAUUCGCUGACAAUAUUAUUGGUAAAUAAUGUAGUUGUCAAGCCCGAAAAAGUAUCUGUUGUUUAUCAUCCAAAAAUCACAAGCAAACUGUAUGUUGACCAAGGUUCUGGGUACUUCAACGUACACAUGACUUCACAAGACAUAGCCAAAGUGACUCACAGUGGAAGGCAAAUAGAAGUCACUCCAUUAGCUCCAGGAAGUUUAGCACUAAAUAUAGUAGAUUUGUGCUUGAAAUCUAAACAGGCCGAAGUUACCUUUGAAGUGCGCAGUAUUUAUCGUAUUGAACUGUUGACUAAUGCUUUUGUAGAAGUUGGUGAAAGUAUUCGAGCUCUUAUAAAAGUCUACGACUCCGAAGACAACCUGCUUGCUUUCCAGGCGAACGUCCUGAAAAUCCAGUCUUUUACCGAAUCUAACAUAUUGACAGUGACAAAACAAAAAGACGAACCUCAGCGAAAAGAUUUUGACAACGAAAUAGUAUUUAACAUCAAAGGUUUGGAAUUGGGAGAAACAAAUAUAUAUUUUGUAGCCGACACUUAUCAUUCUAAGCAAAUACGCACCCAAACGUCUUCUAUUCGAGUUUACUCUCCUCUUCAAAUAACUCCUCGGAAUUUGACACUGGCCGUUGGGUCUAGUUAUCAGUUAACAGUUCACGGAGGCCCACAACUGGAAUGUGUAUUCGAAUACACGUCUGACGACGACAAUAUAGUGAAAGUCAUUAACGGUGGUCUGGUCAAAGGAUUGAAAGUGGGCACCAUUACCGUAACCGGUAUGGCAGUUGGUGUCGAUGUGAUCAGCGGCAAGAAAGUUGUAUAUUCCAAAGACAUAAUCACCGUUAAAGUAGUCAAGUUAACAAAUGUUAAAAUUGAAGUUCCGCUUUUGAAAAUAAAAUCUGGAGAAAUUAUGCCUGCUUGGGUUCGAGGGGUGCCCGACGCUCUUAGUCCGAUCAUCAUUGGUACGAUUAAACCGUCUUUAUUGUACCAAUGGAGUACGUCGUCUGCUGGAGUUAUUCAUAUAUCGGAUGUUCUAGAAAAUACGGGAAUACUAGUACGAGAAGAAGACAGAUUAUCGGUGCGUAUUCGUGCUAUCAGAGCGGGAAACACCAGAGUCAGCGUUACAGUAUCAGAUCCAUCGUCGAAAGUAGUUUUCACAAAUUUUAUCGAUGUUACCGUGUAUGAUGAGUUGCGUUUGAUUUCUCACUCAUUGCCGUUGAACAGUUUGAUUGUUGCUCCAAAUACUGAAUUCACAUUAACGACCAACAAGUAUAAAACCGCUAAACAGUCGUACUGGGUCGUCGGAAGUUCUAAAUUUGAAAAAAACAACCUGAUCGAACAAGACAAAAGCUACAACACCCCUACAAUAUCUAUAGAUGACACCACCGGUACAAUAAGAACGUCUAAUUCGUUGGGCCGUGCGAAUAUAUUUAUUACUUCAACCGAAGAUUUUAACAUCGUACAAUCUUUGGACGUGCCGAUCGAGGUGAAACGAGUCCAUUAUAUAAUGUUGAACCUUGAGACUACGAUUAGUUCCAAAGAACCUUCGGAGAUGUCGAUGAUUCCUAGCGGCAUGAAUAUGAAAUUGGUCGUUACUUACCACGAUGAUAAGGGAACACCAUUUAAAGAGAUCAAUUCUAAUAUUCGAUAUUCGACAAAUCAUCAGAAUCAAAUAUCGAUGACGCCGGGCAAUCUAAAAAACAGUAUGCAAGUUUCACUAUUUGAAUCGGGCGAAGUAAUAUUGAAGAUUUGGGAUGAUGGUGUGCAACAUUUUAAGGAAGACUACAUUAAAUUCAAUGUCGAACAUUUGAUCUAUCCUAACCAAGCCACUGUUACUGUGGGCGAUGUGAUAUGUUUUUUGAUGCCUGUGAAAUUCAACGAAGAAGGACUUGGCGAAUGGCAGUCUGAUAAUGUUAAGUCGUUGACAGUUGAAAACUUAUCCGGAUUCAGCGUAGCCAUGGCGCCGUCUGACGUUUUUGUCACGUAUUCAAACAAAAAAUUUACGACAUCGACUAGUGUUAAUAUUUUACCCAUCAAGGAAAUAAUUAUUUUACCGGCGGACAAAAGUGUAUUAAGCAAUAGUGGCCCGAUUGACAUUCCGUUAAUCUUACUCAAUGAACUCGAGUCUCCUACGUCUAUUAAGAGCAAAAAAGGAAACUUGUGGGAAUGGCGCGACGACGAUUGUUCCAAACGCAACAACAUAGUAAAACGUUAUCCGUUUGUCUGUCACGUUCGUUUCGAACCCAUCUCGUCCGGCCAAGUAGAAAUUCCACUGAUCAAUCGUAUAUUCGAUAUAAAUCCAAAAUUCAACACAAGAACAGGAUUCUACAGCUGUCAGCUUACGCCGCUACCGAUAACCGACCCGGAAAUGAGUUUGUUCAAAGCUAAAAUUGCAGUUCAAGUAUCUGCAGGCAACAUACAUACCGAUUUUAAAGAAUUCAAAUUCUCUCCAUCGGUUUUCAUAAACAAAAAAGAAUUAUUUUUCGGACAAUUGAGUGGGAACGACAAGCUUAUAUUGAUCGGCUUACCUCAAAUACUAUCACAAAUAGAAGUUACAUCGAGUAAUACGUCGCUGGUGCGUCCAGUGUUAUCCAAUGAAAGCGAAAACGAAAAAGUUUAUGUGUUCGAAGUAAACGAAUAUUUUUGGAAUAGUACGUUCCCCGACUUACAUAUUGUUGUCUUUUCACGUUUAACGGACCAGCACUCAAAGAUUGCCAUUGUGACUUCGCGUUCGUUAUUCAAUUACGACUUUUCGAGAACAAACGCCAACACGCAGCACAGCGCCAAUAAAGUGCAUCGACCAUCAAUGUUUUACUUUCUGCCCGCACAAUUUUCCAGUAGCGUGUUCUUUAAUCCGUACAUAAUUGCUUUGGCCGUAGCAAUCGUCACUUCAUGUUUCAUUUAUUGCUACGGACUGCCGAUGUGGAACAACAGUAUGUUUUUCAUCAAAAAUCCUCCGAAUCCUCCUUCUCCAUCAGUCGUCGGCUUCUACAACAGGAGUUAUUCAAGUGAUCAAAGUAAUAGGUCUCCGUCGUUGAGCCUGAACCGAUCUCUUACGAGGAGACAAUAAAUGCUGUUGGCCGAAAUUGAAUAUAGUGAUAACUAUUUAAUAUAUCUCGUAAAAUGUUGUAUUAUUUAUUAUUUUGUAUAUAUUUAUAUAAGUAUAUCAUUUAAGUACGCACAAGUUUUCUUUUUUGAAAACAAAAAAAGUUCUAAGCUGUAAUUUUCUUUAAAACAAUUUUUUUUUUAUUAAAUUGUAAAGUUACGCUUGUUAUAUUACUAUGUAAACUUGUUGACAAAAAAAAAAAAAAACUGACCGCUUUUAUGUUAUAUUAUGUCUGUUAUAAAU